GUGGCUGGAGACACAUCGAGAGUACCACUGGAACCGGCUGGUGAAAGCUAAACAGGCGUUGGCCCGAUGUUGCUGUUUCUUUUGCAACAAGCGAGCUGGGACUUAUCUGACGGCCUUUUACCUCUUCAUCAAGGUCAUUUAUGCAGCCAAUGUCAUAGGGCAGUUCUUCAUUCUCAACGCCUUCCUAUCUCAGGAAUACAACUUCUACGGACUGGAGGUACUACACAUGCUAGGUUCUAGUGAGAAGGAAUGGAAGGAGUCGGUUCGAUUCCCAAAAGUGACCUUGUGUGAUUUCAAAAUUCGGCAGCUACAGAACAUUCAGACCUGGACAGUUCAAUGUGUGCUUCCCAUCAACCUCUUCAACGAAAAGAUUUUCAUCCUUCUUUGGUUCUGGCUGGUGUUUGUGGCAACUCUGUCUUCACUUAAUUUGAUCAG